ACUCUAUAGCGCCGAAGUCUCCAGCCCGCUCCGCUGAGCGCUGUGGAGGAGCGCGCUUGCGCACUGGGGUCGCGUCAUCAUUGGAAAUCCAGAGUUAACGGCUAACCACGGUGUCGACCGCGCUCGCCUUUUUAAAAGAAACCGAAAACACAAAAUGAGGAUUUAAAACAGCGAACUCUGUUUUAGAUUGACGGUGUUAUUGUGUGUGCGGCUGUUGAGCUGUGCGGGACGGCGCUUGGACCGAUGGACUGCGCUGCCUUGCAGAACUGUGUGCAGGAGUGAGUUGCACGACCCUGCACCGCUGCUUUCCCGCGCGCUGGAAUGCUCCCCCGCUUGCAGCGCCAUUCCCCAUUCUAUGCUAUUGAUGCAACUUUGCACCAGCGCUGACCCCUCCCAAGCGCGGGAAAGGCAGCCCGGGGAUCGCUCAGCGCAGUGUUCUGAAAUACGGACGUUACUCCCUGUGCUUUUAUCACAUCUGAAGACGUGCUGAAAAUAUUUGAAUGGGAAGGUUCAGUAGAUAAAUAAAAAAUAAUACCGAAUAAGAAUUGAAGGCGUUGUUUCUGAAUGAAAAGGGGAUUCCGCUAGACCAGACUCAAACUACAGUCAGUGAAGAUGGACGUCAGUUUCUCCGUUUCGUUCUUUCAAGACGAGCUCGCCUCUACCAUCGAGCACACAGUGAAAGCGGCUGUAGACACCGUCUUGUGUGAAAUUACUAAAGUUAUCGGCGGCAAAUUGACUGAAUUCCAGAUGGAAAUGGCUGGAAAGGAGAGAGAGAAUGGCAGUCUGAGGCUCAGGUUGGAGAUAUCGGAGAGCGAGUUGAAAGCAGUGCGAGGAUGCAUGAACCCUGCAGAUGCAGACACCAAACAACCUCGAAUAUUUCAAGAUCCCAAAGAGAGUCACGCUAUCCCUGAAUCUGAAGCACAGGAGAGGUCAGAGAUCAAAGCAGUUUACAAACAAGAGGAGUCCUUUGAGCAGGAGUGGUGUGCAAGUCUAAUGCAGAUUACAGAGCCGACACAUGUUAAAGAUGAAGAGGUCCCUCAACAGGAAUGUGUUCCUAUUAAAGAGGAAUGUCCUACUGAAAAUAGUGUCUGUACACUUGAGGAGGCGAACCAGCUGGGAUUCAACCUGUGUGAUGAUCCUCCAUCUGAACUGGGAUUUAGAGAUACCAAAGAGAGUCGCGCUAUCCCUGAAUCUGAAGCACAGGAGAGGUCAGAGAUCAAAGCAGUUUACAAACAAGAGGAGUCCUUUGAGCAGGAGUGGUGUGCAAGUCUAAUGCAGAUUACAGAGCCGACACAUGUUAAAGAUGAAGAGGUCCCUCAACAGGAAUGUGUUCCUAUUAAAGAGGAAUGUCCUACUGAAAAUAGUGUCUGUACACUUGAGGAGGCGAACCAGCUGGGAUCCAACCUGUGUGAUGAUCCUCCAUCUGAACUGGGAUUUAGAGCUUCUAAAGGAGAACACGACUCCACUCCAUCACUCCAGGGCAAAAACUCUUCUAGUGGCAAACCACAGUGCAAGAAACUCAGAGAGAUGACACCCCAAGAACAUGUGAAGACAUUGGGAUCUCGCUCAGUUAAAAUCCCUUCUUUACAAGACAGACAACCACUUACUGUGAAGAGUACAGAGCCGACACAUUCUGUAUGUUUUAACAGUUCUGAAACCCAGGGCAACUUGAAGACCUCGCCUCAUUCUGUUAAAGGUGGGAAGAGUUCCUGUCAAUUAGACUCUCCUGAAACUCUCAUGGGAAAUUUCACAGGAGGGACUUCAUUGCCCUGUGCUGAGUAUGGGAUGAGUUUCACACAGUUAGGAAAUCUUCAGUCGCACCAGCGCAUUCACACAGGAGAGAAACGUCAUCAGUGUGCUGAAUGUGGGAAGAGAUUCAGCCGUUUAUCAAAGCUUAUAAUCCACCAGCGCAUUCACAAAGGAGAGAAACGUCAUCAGUGUGCUGAAUGUGGGAAGAGAUUCAGCCGUUUAUCAAAGCUUAUAAUCCACCAGCGCAUUCACAAAGGAGAGAAACGUCAUCAGUGUGCUGAAUGUGGGAAGAGAUUCAGCCGUUUAUCAAAGCUUAUAAUCCACCAGCGCAUUCACACAGGAGAGAAACGUCAUCAGUGUGCUGAAUGUGGGAAGAGAUUCAGCCGUUUAUCAAAGCUUAUAAUCCACCAGCGCAUUCACACAGGAGAGAAACGUCAUCAGUGUUCUCAAUGUGGGAAGAGAUUCAGCCGUUUAUCAAAGCUUAUAAUCCACCAGCGCAUUCACAAAGGAGAGAAACGUCAUCAGUGUUCUGAAUGUGGGAAGAGAUUCAGCCGUUUAUCAAAGCUUAUAAUCCACCAGCGCAUUCACACAGGAGAGAAACGUCAUCAGUGUUCUGAAUGUGGGAAGAGAUUCAGUGAUUUUUCAUACUUUAAAAUCCACCAGCGUGUUCACACAGGAGAGAAACCUUAUCACUGCUCUGAUUGUGGGAAGAGAUUCAGUCAGUUAGGUGGCCUUAAAAGACACCUACGUGUUCACACAGGAGAGAAACCUUAUCACUGCACUGAGUGUGGGAAGAGAUUCAGUCAGUUAGGUGACCUUAAAAGACACCUGCGUGUUCACACAGGAGAGAAACCUUAUCACUGCACUGAGUGUGGGAAGAGAUUCACACGGUUAGGAAGUCUUCAAUCACACCAGCGCAUUCACACAGGAGAGAAACCUUAUCACUGCUCUGAUUGUGGGAAGAGAUUCAGUCAGUUAGGUGACCUUAAAAGACACCUGCGUGUUCACACAGGAGAGAAACCUUAUCACUGCUCUGAGUGUGGGAAGAGAUUCAGUCAGUUAGGUGACCUUAAAAGACACCUGCGUGUUCACACAGGCGAGAAACCUUAUCACUGCACUGAGUGUGGGAAGAGUUUCACAAGGUUAGGAAGUCUUCAAUCACACCAGCGCAGUCACACAGAAACCUUAUCACUGCUGAAUGUGGAAAACUUUCAGUCGUUUUGCAAACCUUGAAAGACACCAUAACACUUGCGCAUGUGUAUCCCGAUCCCUGCUCUUAAUAUGGGAAGAAGUUCAGUCAGUUGCAGGCUCUUGAAGGACACAAGAAAAUGAUCAGCAUUUCAGACACUUGAGGACACCAAAGCAACAUUGAUAAAUAGGGUCACCCCUAAUCACAGCGACUUCAGAUCACAAACUUACUCUCGCGGAUGGAAGAUGUGAACGACUGCAUCUUGUUGGACAGUUCAUCAUCUUGUUGACCAUUGUGAUUUUGUUACGUCACAUUAGUAAUGCUAGUAAAUAGAUUGUAAAUACGUCUGCAAGGUUCCACUUUUCUCCCAUGUAUUGCUUAGUCUCCUAGUUUCAAUAUUAAGAUCCCCAGUUCUUUCAAGGCAGUACUAAGCUUUGGUUAAUACUGAUCUUCAUGAUUCUAACAUAGUUUUUGUGUUAAAAAAUGCUCAGUCUGAAUUCUAAGGUUUUAUUUUUAUGUAAAGAAAUGAUGACAAAUGUUUUUUGUUUUCUGGGUGCUUUUGUGUUCACCUCUGUACAGAACUGUUUGUAAUGUUUUCCUCCCGGGAUACUCCUGUUCAGCCCAUUCAGGGACAGGGAUUGAACGGCUGUUCUUUGACUCUUUAACUGUAUUUCAGUCAGUUGUAUUGUCCGCCUUUUUUUGAUUUAGCCAAGCUAGUUUUCUAUUUUGCUUUAAUGGCUGUAGGCCUAUUCAAAAUAAAACACUUAUGUUGCUAGAAAAUCAAAGUUAGCUGGGAAAUGAUAAAUGAAAGUUUUAUUUUAGUCAGUUUUAUUGUCCUUGUUGCUUUCACAGGACAGCAUAUGUUCAGCUACCAAGUCCUGUAAAGAUUUCAAUAAAGUCUGAGUUUGUUUGUU